CCGGAACGUGCGCUUUCUGUUUUCUUCCGAGCGAAGUGAACCUCUUCAGCCUCCGUAGGCAGUGGGCUCAAAGUGCCGGUCAAAAUGGAGGUGAAUCCCCCCAAACAGGAGCACCUACUGGCCCUGAAAGGUCCUGUUUCCCUCUGAUUUGGAAAGAGAGAGUCUUGUAAUUAUAAAUUACAUUCUAGCUCUGAGGAGCUCAGCUAAGAAAUUUUCUCUUCAUUAAGAAUAGAAGGAUUACUGCAGAAUGACUACAGAAGUAAUAUUACAUUAUCGACCAUAUGAGAGUGAUCCCACACAACUGCCAAAAAUUGCAGAGAAAUCAAUUCAAGACUUUCCUACACGUCCGCUAUUGAGAUUUAUUCCUUGGUUUCCACAUGAUGGGUCCAGACUUCCACUCAAACCUAAAAGAUCACCGCCUGGGAUUUCUGAAGAGGCAGCUGAAGAUGUGAGACAGUACUUAGCCAUUUCAGAACAUAGUAUUAAAUCACAGAGUUAUGAUUGCACAGUAGAUCUGUUGGAGUUUCAACCCAAUUUGAAAAGAAAGAAGCACUUAAUACAAUCACACACGCUGAAUGAACAGACUAAUUCUGGAAGUCUGGAGAAACAGGCAGAAAAAGAAAAACGGCACAAGAAAAGGUCUUGGAGUGUAUCAUCACUUCCCAGCAGUAAUUGUACUGAAAAUGUUUUUCCUUUGUCUAAAAAAUUGCAAGAUAAUCUAAAGGCACUAAAUUUGCACUCAUUUUAUAGAGCAAGAUGGACAAUAGAUCACACUAUUUGUAACAACCAGACUCUGGAAGACAUUUGGGCAAAACUCAAUCGAAUUAUCAGGCACAAUGAACUUCCAUCUUGUAAUGCUACAAUUCAGAGACAUUUAGGCCAGAUAUGGGUGUUCUGUGAUAUUAUGUACUGUGAAUAUGUGGGGAAUCUUCUUAAAGGAAGAUUAGCUCUUACUGGGAAAAUUAAUUUAUUUGUGCAUAAAUAUGGUGUUAUUUUUAGUAUGUAAUGAAUUACAGUGAUUGUCCAAAAAAAGAAUAUUCUGAAUGAACCGAGUAGGAAGUGAAACAGAAUUUUUAAGUGUGUGGUUAUAUAUAAAAUUUGUGUCCCAGAAGUAAAUAUCAGGUGCAUUCCUAGGCUUUUCAAUUAAGUCAGGAACUUUCUGGGUUCUACUUUGAGCAGCUUUCCUUUAAAUGAAUUGUGAUGAAUUAUUAUUCAAACUGAAUUUAGAGGUAAAAUGUUCUACUCCUUUGUUCUGUUACUGCUUUUCCACUAGUUCAAUUAGAUAUUCCUGUGAAUUACAGUGAAUGGUUUGGAUUUUGGUAAAUUCCCAGAAUCUAAUUUUAUAGGAUUUUUUUCUUAACUCGCCUAAAGUGUAAUGAUUUUUUUUUAAAAAUAAAACUAAAACCAGUUCUGUUGGGAAUGAUACUCAUGUGGCAUAAUGUAAUUCAGAUUGAAAGACCAGCCCAUAUUCUGCUUAUUAUGGCCAAAGAUAUGUAAUAGACGAUAGCUGAUGUGUUGUUUUGAAACAAAAGUACAAAAUGUAUAAUUUGUCUAAGACCGUAAUAUAUAUUUUAGGCAAUAAACAUUUUUUGAGUGAAGUAUCAAA